AUGCUCCGGAUCUGUCGGGUGGCUUACUCCCGGGCAGGCCCCUCUGCAGGGGGCUGGAAGCCGCUGCGCUUCGAUGGUGGGGCCUUCCACCUCAAAGGCACAGGAGAGCUGACCAGGGCUUUGCUGGUGCUGCGGCUGUGUGCCUGGCCUCCUCUGGUCACCCACGGGCUGGCGCUCCAGGCCUGGUCUCGGCGACUCCUGGGCUGCCGGCUCUCAGGCGCGCUUCUCCGGGCAUCCAUCUAUGGGCAGUUUGUGGCUGGCGAGACCGUAGAGGAGGUGAAGGACUGUGUCCAGCAGCUUCAGCACCUAGGCCUCCAGCCCCUGCUGGCAGUGCCUAUCGAGGAGGAGCCAGACUCAGCUGCCAGGACUGGCGAGGCCUGGUAUGAGGGGAACCUCAACGCCAUACUGCGGUGCGUGGACCUGUCAAGAAGCCUCGUGGAGACCCCUGGCCCAGCUGGGCCCACCCUCAUGCAGCUGAAGGUGACAGCACUGACCAGCACUCGGCUCUGUAAGGAGCUAACUUCGUGGGUCAGAGAACCGGGGGCCUCCGUGGAGCUGAGCCCUGAGAGGCUGGCAGAAGCUCUGGACUCUGGGAAGGACCUCCAGGUCUCCUGCCUCAAUGCCGAGCAGAACCAGCAUCUCUGGGCCUCUCUGAGCCGCUUGCACCGGGUGGUACAGCACGCCCGGACCCAGCACGUGAGGCUCCUGGUGGAUGCCGAGUACACCUCGUUGAAUCCUGCACUUUCCCUGCUGGUGGCUGCCUUGGCUUUGCGCUGGAACAGCCCCAGGGAGGGAGGACCCUGGGUUUGGAACACUUACCAGGCCUACCUGAAGGACACACACGAGCGGCUGAAGAGGGAUGCUGAGGCAGCGGACAGGGCUGGCUUGGCCUUUGGAGUGAAGCUGGUACGAGGGGCUUACCUGGACAAGGAGAGACAGGUGGCCCGGCUCCAAAGGACCGAAGACCCCACUCAGCCUGACUACGAGGCCACCAGUUGGAGUUACAGCCGCUGUCUGGAGCUGAUGCUGACCCACGUGUCCCGCCGUGGCCCCCUGUGUCACCUCAUGGUGGCCUCCCACAAUGAGGAGUCUGUCCACCAGGCAACCAAGCGGGCAGGCCGGCUAUGCUGUGUAUAA